ACAAUGAGACUCACCAAGACUGGAAAAUGCAAGCUGAGGUUUAUGGUGAAGGAUUCUCCGGCCCAAAUGUUUUGAAUGUGCCAGCAGGGACAAGAGCCUGCUACCCCCUCACCUUUCACCCUUCUGCACAAUGCAUUGUCACGGGCAAGCUGUCCUUACACAAUGACUGUGACGGUAUCGAGCACGUGUUUACCCUCAGAGGAGUGGGAGAGCACCCCCUGCCUGUGGACCAUGUGGUAUUACGGUGCUCUGUAGGUCAAACUACACACACACAGAUUGAUGUCCCCAACUACAGCCAGGACAAACUUACUCUCAAGGUGGUGACAGAUCUAUCUGUUGUAAGUGGCACUCCCUCCCUGGAGAUUGAACCUGGUCACAACGCUUCAUACACCCUGGCUGUGUCAUCAUGGAAACGAGGAAAACAGACGGGCUGUUUGUCAUUUCUAGAAAUUGAAGACAUGCAGGACGCAGACAAGCAGAAAGGAAAUGUACUUGGAUGCUACGAGGUGCAUUUCUCUCUAGAGAUAACUUGUGAGCCAGCAGCACCCAUCAAGAUCAUAGAUGUACAGUGUUCUGCUCAGAGCUCAGUUGCCUUAGAGAUUCCUGUCAAAAACCCACGAGGAGAGCUGCUGAUGCUGGAUGUGCACCUGGAAGGAGAUGACCUAAGUGGGCCCAACUGGGUUUCAAUUCCCCCACAGGAGACUCUCACCUACAAAGCAACGUUCUCCCCUGGCAGAGUAGGAAAGAGCACAGGCAGUGUGGUGUUCCAGUCAGAGUUGGUGGGGGAGUUUUGGUAUCAGCUGGAGCUUUAUGCUCUUCCUCCUCCAUUCAUCACGCUACCACAGGCCUGCUGUCAGUUGGGCAAAUGGACCAACCAGACCAUUCCCCUGGUUAACCCAACAGCUGAGACUCUGGAGCUGAUUGCAACCAACAGUAACCCCAGAAACUACACACUUGAAAUGGAUCCAGGAAGUACUCUUAUUGUGGAGCCCCACUCCUCCACCCAGCUUGGUGUCCGUUUUAGUCCUUCAUCCAUCGGAGAGGGGAACCACACAGCAAAGAUCACUUUCACAUGCCCUCAGUUGCGGGAAUGGUGUGUUUUGUUGAGUGGGCAUGGCCUUAUUCCAGAGAGCGAGGAGCCUCUGAGCAUCUCAUCCCUGAUUGGCUCCAACGCCUCCAUCACCAUUCCCUUCACAAACCCCACUGAGCUCCCAGUCGUGCUCAAUAUCACACUCACAGAUGAGGACCCAAGUGGGGCCUCCAAUUUCUAUCAAGUCACUAAAGACAAGGAGGUCUUCUCUAUCCCUCUGAGCCACACUGAAGGUAUACAGAUCUGUGAAGGGGACCGUCUUGAUGUGCCUGUAGUGUUUGCACCAAACUCUAUGGAGAUUAAACAGGUCCGGCUCUGCAUCACUGCGAAGCCCUGCAGCCGCCCAAGCAACAACAGUACAUUCAGUACAGACGACGUGAGGUCAGAGCAGGAAUUGCCAACCAUCUGUUGGAUUUACCCUAUCCGUGGAAUUCCCAUGGAGGUUCCUGUUGAGAACGCUCCACUCACCGUGAUCCAUUGUGAAGCGGGGUGCACGCUGGAAAGGAAGAUGGAUGUACUGCUCACUGGAUGUGUGCUGGGGAAUGAAGACCGUAAAGGACAGGAAGUUUCCUCAGUGAUGGUGGAAGACUUCCUGUGUGCGGUUCGUUCAGACAGCAAAACGGAGCACUCAGAGGUGGAGCACUGCCUUUCUGCCUCCGUCGAUGCAGUGAGAAGGGACCCUGAGACUGGCAUCGUAUCACUCACCCUUAAUCUAGUCUACACUCCUCUCAGGCCAUGCAGGUGCUCAGUGGUACUAGCUGUGCAGUGUGUGUCCGGCGGGAUCUGGGAGUUUCCUAUUACUCUCAUUACCACAGAGCCUCAAGUGGAUGAUGUCAUCCUCACUGAAGUCACUGAGUUGGGCAAGACUUCAGAUGUUGGCUUUCGUCUGACCAGCACCACCAGGAGGCCAGAGCCGUUCACAGCAAUGUUCCUGCCAGGCAGCAGCAAUGAGUUCACAGUGACUCCAGCCUCAGGGAUGUUACCUCCUGUUGGUUCUACCGGAGCCCUCAUCACUGUGUCCUUCACACCUACCAUGUACAGCAAGCACAGAGCAAGACUAACCAUCCAGGCAGCAGACAUGCAGUGGACCUAUGAGGUAAGAGGGAAAACCCCUCAUGACUCCCCACCCAUCUGUACCACAUCCCCCAAUGCCAGCUCUUCUGUGCUCCGUCCAGCCAAUGAACAGCUCCAGAACUUUGUGGUUCGGAACCUUCGGCUUCCCGCCCUGGCUAACUCGUCCCCUCUCAAAGUCCGCAGAUAAAGGACAUUCUCACUAUCUCCUACAGCUAAGGAUCGUCAUUUGUGUCUUAACUUUCUUUUUUACUUUUAAUGUUUAAAUUAUAAACACGGUUACUUUAUUUAUCCAGCAACAUGUGUUGUCUUCAAAGAGAUACCUUUAUAUUUUAGUUUGGACAGGCACAUAUUGCUGAUGCAUCAUUCAUCAUUUGUCCUUUUUUUUUCUCUUAAAAUGGCUCAUUAGUCGUGUUAGUGUUUCUUAUCAGCAGUUCUUAUUAGCUAUUUUUCUGCUAAUACAAAAAUGUUUUUUGUCUACCUUGUGGCAAGUGAAGGACAUUUUUGAAAACUCUUGAACUUGAAAUUUGGAAAAUAAAUUGCCCAGUUCUUUGAUUUGAAAUCAGUGUUCAUCACUGCUAAUGUAUUUUGAACUGUAAUUAACCUUGAAGUAAUGCCUUCAUUUAAACAAUACUCUCCAAAGUCAUCAUCAUACAUGUUGUAACACAUUUGGCAAAAAAACUCCACAUGCAAAAUUCCUUCUGUAGCUGCUUUCUUCAUCCCCCUGUCUUUCUUUGUGAUUGGAAUGAAUUGAAAGAGUCAUUGUCCCUGACGUUUUACACAUUUCAGCAGUUAUCAGACGUAUGAUAAGCAAUAAAUGCCAGUAAUGGUUAUGGUGUCCCUAUAAUGCCUUAGAGUAAAAUGUUACCAACCUUGUUUUAUUCAUCCCUUCUCUUAUGAUCCUGUUAGGCAGAUAUUGCCACCCCACAUUAUAUUACACCAACCAGGACAACCUUGAAAUACAGUGCAACCUUUCUGAAAAUCUCAGUAUCUUCUUCUAUUUAAUAAAUCAAACCACAUGAGCCUUAA